GCCAAAAGCCCAAUUUUCGCGUCGUCUGAACGACGCUGGCACGCCAUGACCUCGGCGGAGGCGCCACCAGACUCGGCCACGGCGGAGGUGCCGGACUCGGCGCCGCAGGCCGGCGCGGAUUCGGGCGCGGGGAGUGAGGUCAUCGAGGUGAAGGAAGAUGUGAAGGUCAUCGAUACGCCUGAGACGGCCGAGGUUGAAGUGGAAACGAACUCCGGUAAAGGCACCGGGGGCACCAAAGAAAGUGAAACGAGUGAAACUUCCGAAGGUGCAGUGGCACCAGCACCCAAGUCGCAUGCCGAGGGUGGACUUGGCUUGGACGAUAUGCCAAGAUCGAUUGGACAGCCCAAGGCCAUGUCCCCUGGAGACACCUUGAAGGAGCCACAGGUUCAAGUGGCCCCUGCGCCGGCUGCGCCGGCAACGCCGGCCGCGAAUCGUCGCCCUGCAGGGGUGCCAGUGGGAACGAAAGGAAUGGGCAAAAGUGCCGCGAAAGGGAAGGAUUGCAAAGAUGGCAAGGGGCCUGAAGGAGGAAAGCCAAAGACCGAUGUCGUUGUUCCUCCAGCAAAAUCCACAUACAAACAGGGCGGGCUCCGCACCACGGUGAACACACCGGAGACGCUGGUGACCGAAGCCGAUGAGGGCGAUGAGAUGGAUCCGGAGCAGUACAUGUACUACGCUCAACAGUAUGCUGCCCUGGCUCAGCAAUAUGCCGCCUAUGCCCAGUAUUGCGCGCAAUAUGCGCCGCAGGCGCAAGCCGCAGCAGGCCAAAAGCAGAUGCCUGCACCCACAAGUACUGCUGUGGCGCAACAGCAGCAACAGCAGCAGCAGGCAGCACAGCAGGGGCAGCAGAAGAACACACCCAUCAUGGUGACGCCGUACCGCCACAACUGGCUGAUCAGUGGUAGCCAUCGAGGCAACCAAGAUGGGGCCUGGUAUGAAGCCAUCAAAGGCGAUUUGGUCAAGACCUUCGGCACGUUGUCGCGCUAUGUGGGCGGCUGCCGUGCCUGUGCUCCAGUGCCAUGGUCCGAAGAAUGAGUUCGCUGCACACAUCGCGGCUUCGCUGGCCGCGUGCUGCGUGCAGCGGGCCAGCGAAAUUAGGAUGUGAAGAAUCUUCGAGUAGUUAGUUGCUGCUUUUGCAGCUCAAGACAAUCGCAGCCUACAUUGUUCCGCUGCAGUUGGUCAUGCGCUGUUGGGAAAAGAAUGGUGCUGCAACAACUGGGGGGUUGCCGCUUUGACACGGAACGGGUGUGAGCUAUUGCCGAAUCCCCCAAAAAAGGUGCAGCUCCAAAGUCUAGGGAUUUUCGAGGCAGAGGACACA